AUGAUUGGGAACCAAUGUGCUAGACAGUCUAAUAUGAUGGAGGAUAAUGGUCCAGAAUAUGACAUCAGUGAUGAAGAAAUAGUAGACUCCAUUGGCGUUGAAGAAAGCAUUCAAGGAAAUCCUCUGAUCUCUAUGAGCAACUACAGCACAUCAGGGAGAUUUCUUUUCGGAACUCUGCAGCAGCGGCGGACCGUGCUGAAGGAAUGCAGAUACGAGGAACCAUACCCCUUCCCAAAAUAUGAAAACGAUGAUGAUUUUAGAGGCCGGCGAAAGGAAAAUCAGAGUUUUCAAUAUCAACAGCCAACCCAUUUCGCACAACAAGAGGACCCAUGGAACCGACUACAUGCAACAGCAACUGUGGCAACUGCCAGCAAAGGAAUUUACCUCCAUAAUCCUAAGGCACCAAAAGACAGUCUGGACAUCCAUCUUAGUGCUAUUUACGAUCAUUCAAACGAGUUUUUGAAGCAGAAAAAUGAGGUGCUCCUUCAAAAAUCAACUUGUGAUCCUCAGAGUGGCUGUUGGUUAAGUUCCAAUGAACAAGUACCUGAAGAAGUGUUUCAUCGGAAAAUAGCUAAGGACAGAGUGCAGAAAGACAUUUGUGGCUGUGCACCCGAACACACAGAAACCAGUGCUGUUUACUUACAAGCAAGAUCUCCCCCAAGACUUUGGAUCUCACCAACAAAAUCAUCGAUUCAUAGCAUUGAUGGAGCAAUAACAAGUCAACAUACUGCUGCCACCAAUGGAGGAUAUUCCAGGAAAAUAGAUGGCGGUUUCUUUACCAUCUGAAAUGGAAAAUGUUUCUGUACAACACUGUACUAAGAUUUUGUUGAGCCUUUGUUCAUUAUCGUUAACAACUCUUUGCAAUAUAAGGAGGAAGCUGUAGCAAUACUGUGAAGUAGCAUCUGAAAGUAAGGUCUUUUUUCCCAUGUAAUAAGAGAAUUAAAUCACUGAAAAAAGAGCAAACACAGAAUGUUGUCUAACAAAAUUAUUACCUUAAGGCUUUCUGGGGUGAAUUUCUAAGCAUAUUCUGGUACAUAAUUGGGACAAAUGACUGUGUGAAAAUAACAUUGAGCAUAACUGUUUCCAUGGCAUUUCUACCACAAGAUCAUUUGCUUGAGUUUCUUCUUUUUGACACUUGCUGCAAUCCAUCUGCCAAAUGACGGCCAGCACUGAAAGGUUUUGAAUGUUCAUGAUUUUGCAUCCACAGUGUGCUGAAGGUAACUUCAAGAAUUAAAGGGGUAAUUGCAGUAGUGUGGCACUUUUGAUCCCAAAGGGUAUAGGAAAAUUCCUUUGCAAUUUCUGUUGUCGGGUAGCACUUUUUGCAGCAUUCUUUUAUUUUACUGUUCUGUCCUAUAGCCUUGGACUAUUUUCCUGUUGCUCCUCUCAGGGUCUAAUCACCAGAGGAGGAGGAAAAAAUUGAGCUAAGGAUAGCAAUUCAGCUUCUAAGAACAGUGCUGCCUGAAAGAUAUAACCUUCCCCCUCAAAUUUCCUCCUCCUCUCCAACACACAUCAAAGAUAUGAUAUUACUAAGAGGUGUGAAAAUAUCAACACUUCAUCCAAAAAGCAACAGAUCAACUGGGUACCAGUGCAAGGGGACCUGAUUAUUUGCUUGCAUUGCACUCCACCAGCUGUAAAUAAAAUCAGUAUCUUUAGCUUUUAUGGAAAAGGGAGGCAGCUGUGGGUGAUCUCUGUAAUAUUAACCAGCCUACAGUACAGCCACAUACAUUCAGCAUCUGAUGAACUUAACAAGUUAGCAGGAUAAUUCAUUACUUUUGGCAUGAGAGCAAGGGAAGCAUCAAGAUUGGGGUAAUCAGUUUCAUUAAGUUACAAUAGCUAUAUUUCCUGUAACAUCACUGUUAUAUCUGGUGUUCCUCAAGGAUCCAUUUCUCCCAUUUCUCAUCUACUUGCUGGGCUUCCAUAAAAUCACUGAAAAUAAGGUAAUAGAAUCUGCAUGUAUGCUCAACACUGUAUGUCCAUAAUAUAUAUAUAUAUAUAUAUAUAUACGCACUGUUAUGGACUCAGUGAAAGUCCCUUUAAGAUAGAGAGUGUGUGUGUAUGUGUGUGUGGGGCGUGCUUACGUCAAUAGAAGAUAAAGGACGUAAUGACGUUGUUGAAGAAGGCAGAAGAAGAAGAAAGAGAGAGAGAGAAGGGAGAGAGACACCAGCCUGCUUGUUUUCUCUAUCGAUGGAUGAGAAACAAUAACUGUGUUUGCCACUGAAAUCCAUGUAUGG